AUGGCCGAAACCGCGGCUCCGAGCGUCGAUGCCAACGCCAUCGCCACGGCGCCCGACCAUGAAGCAUUCACGCUCGUGCCCGUCAUUCGAGAUAUACUGAGGACGCGGUACUGCGCUCCAGGCACCAUUUUUCUCGUGGAGGGUGUCGACAUUAUUCCCGUGUCAAAGACGGGCCGCUGGCAGGCUGUCCGGCUUCUUCUGGGCGAUGGUGAAUUUUGUGUGCAGGCGCUCCUCAGCGCCGACUGUCACCGGUUCGUGGAGACUGGCGAGGUCUCGACGGGCUUUUACAUUAAGGUAGAUCUGUUCGAUCUGGAAUUCGAGGUUACAGACCCGGAGGAUCGUGCUGCCAAUGGGAAAGCAGAUCAGAAAAUGGUCUUUCUCGCACUGCACAGUCUUACCACUAUUGGAUGGAACGACUCGUACCGCGAAAUGAUCAAGCAAUAUAGAACCGAAGUGGUGAUUCCUGACGCUGAGUCAACUCCUGGGAAGGAUAAAGGCAAAGGGAAAGCGACACAAAGGACGCCCCGGUCAUCGCCGACCGCUUUUGGUCCGGAAGUGGAGGAAGCGCCUGUUGCUGUCAAGCCGGAGCCAGCCUCGUCAGGAUAUGGUGACGACUUUGAUAUGGACGACGCUUUUGAGGACAUGGAAAAGAUUGUAUUUCCAAACUCAAGAAAAAAGAGCACGCCAAAGGUGACACCGUCAUCGCGCGCACAGGGCCCAGUGGCGCUCCCUCGGGAUUGGGCUGACCGCCAGACGCCGCUCAAGCUCACCACACUACACGCGAUUCCGUCGCUACCGUAUGCGCAAAAUUGGACCUGCAAUACCCUUGCCAUUAUAGUGUCACUGUCACCGGUAGAAGCGUCAUAUCUGCCGCCGUAUAAGCAGCGCACGGCGCGGCUGGCAGACCCCUCGACCGCGAAGCAGGUGCACCUGACCGUGUUUCUUGACCCCGAGUCGUUUAACCCUGCGAUUGGUAGCGUUGUUCUUCUUACAGGUGUGAAGAACCAUCGGUUUGACGGCGGCAGUCUAAAGAAGUAUGCGAGCGAUGCCAAGAAUGGACGAGAAUGGUGGUUCGAGGAUCCCGUCGACAUGACCUGGUGUGACGUGGCGGGCAUCAAGGCAUGGUGGAAGCAAAUGGAGGGUCAUUCUGAUGAAUGA